CGGCACCCCUCAGAUCUGGCCUAACUGUAAGGUAGAAUAGAACUCUUGCGGUGAGCUCGAGUGAUGCCGUUGGAUACUAUUGCCGAGAGGCUGCCGCUCAGCUGAGUGCGCCAGCCUCAAGCUGGCAUCUUCUCCCAGACCUUCACCCAAAUUCGCAACGAGGCCAACUCGACGGUUCAAUAACUCCCGAGGACCCUCUCUCUUGCGAUCAUCGAGCCUAGUCCAAUAAUGCGUCUGCUACGGUACAAUAACAACGGUGAUUUCAGCCUGACGGAGUACGUCGAGAGCGGUAUCCCAAAGUAUGCCAUACUUUCGCACAGAUGGGGAGCGGAGGAGGUCACUUUCAAGAAUCUCAUAGAGGGUACGAACAAGAGCAAGACUGGCUAUAGCAAGAUACAGUUCUGUGGUGAACAAGCUAAGCGUAACGGUUUGAAACACUUUUGGGUGGACACCUGCUGCAUCGAUAAAUCGAAUAGCACUGAGCUUCAAGAAGUUAUCAACUCGAUGUUUCGCUGGUACCAAAAUGCAAUCAAAUGCUAUGUUUACCUGCCAGAUGUUUCGCGACCUCGCGCCGAUUCGACCAACGCGUCCAAUAAGGACUGGGAAUCGACAUUUCGGAAAAGCGAAUGGUUCACUCGAGGCUGGACUUUGCAGGAGCUUCUUGUAGCGGCAUUAGUCGAUUUCUUCUCCAAAGAGGCAGAGCUACUGGGCAAUAAAGCCUCCCUAGAACGACAUAUUUGCGAGAAAAAAGGAGUUCCGGUCAAGGCCCUUCGAGGGAGUCCCUUGUUUGAUUUCGGCGUCACUGAGCGGAUGUCUUGGGCAGCAAACCGAUUGACAACGAGAGAUGAGGACAAAGUCUACUCAUUGUUUGGCAUAUUCGGUGUGUUCCUACCGAUUAUAUGGGGAGAAGGGCAAGAGAAUGCGCUACGGCGGCUUCAAGAAGAGAUAGACAAAAAGGUUAAGGGAGUUAAGGGAACACCAUUUGUUCCCGAUCUAAAAUUCGCUAGUCAAGGGAAUGUCAGGCAAGAGAAGAUACAGCGCUGUGUAACCAGCUUUGGAAACUCCAGCACUUAUAGAGGGAGAACGGGAAUCAAGUGCUAUAGAUGCGAUAAUAAUCACCUACUACAAAACGCUCUGUGUCAAGGAGCUCAUUCCCUGCUGCUGCCUUGACCAGCUCUAAUUUAUCGAACCAUAAGUAAUGGUUUGUGAGUCGAUUCUCAUGUCACCCUGAGCAAGAUUCGUAAUCUGGCCAUGGUUAUUGAUGGUAUAAGUGUUGCCUUCCUAUUCUUGUGUUACUGGCUUGUGUCUAUUAAAAGGUUCUUGUCUUACCUCAGUCGCCUCACUGGUACCUGUCGCUUCCAUAGCUUGCUUGAUUUUUGCUCUUACUUGUUUGUACCCAUCGUCUUCCGCAUCAUCGAACUUGCAGAUGUCGAGGUGAUUUGCCUGCAUGGGUAAGAUUUCUCCAACCCCGGGGUAGGAUGCAUCUUCCUCUUUGAC